AUGUCCAAGGAUACUUCAGCCGUACCAGCGAGCGAGAGGCAAAGGGCCCAAAAGCGAGCGAGGCUCACUGAUUCGUCUGCUGUGGCUCGCAAGUCGUCACAUGUUGCAGCAGAACCUGAAUUACAAUUUGUAGCCGCAGAAGCUAGAGCCCAUGUCCAGUCAGAAGAAAGGGACGAACGGUCACAGGCGCUUGCUCAACUGGAGGCGCUUGGUCAAAAUUUCAUGGCGAAUUUCGACCUGCCUGAUCGGGGGAAGCCGUACAAACCACAUACAAAAGCAACACGAAGCCCUACCGAAAUAAAAACAGGGCUUGAGCCCUCGUCCAGCUCUCAUCGCAGGGUUGAAGACGAACUGGAGGGGUUUCUCCGUCAUAAGGGCAGUCGUCCUGGACAUAUACCUGCAAAGGCACCUGCGAAAAAAAAGUCGGCUCCAGACGUCGUCGUUUUCGACGGAGCCUCCAGCUCGUCACAAUUCACCCAAGAGCCUGUGAACCGCAAAGACUUCAUGUCUUCAAAAGUUUCACGUAUAACUCAGACUGCAGAAUCGGCAGCGGAUCGCAAGGGCAAGCGGAAAGCAGGCGAGGGAGAGUCUGACCCGGAAGUAGAAGACGAAAAGAAAAACGCAUCAAAUGAUCGUCUACUCUCGCAGCUUCUAGCCACGACCAUUUUUGCACCUGGAUCAUCAUCAGGCGAUGACGGCCGCAAGCGCGACCUGUCCUCUGCCGCGACGAUCGCACGUAUCAUGGAGCUGAGCACGCCGGAGUCCAAGCGCGGUGGCGGAGCUGUCGGUCGCGGCUGGGGGGAGAUGGCUUUCAAGAAGACGCAGAAUGGAAGGAUGCCGACGAACAUGCAAAGAGGGCUCGAAAAUGCGCGCAAAGAGCGGGAAAAGAAGGAAGUUGAGCGGGAAAAGGAGCUAGGCAUCUACCGACCGGAGCUGAAGCGUGGAGAGGCAUCAAUGAGCAAGGGAAAAGACCUGAAGAAGGAUCGUCUCAGAGGUCUCAGCAUGGGUGUUGGGACAUUUCGUGACGGUGCUCUGCGUCUCAGCAAGCAAGAUAUCGCCAGGGUGCAGAAUAAAGGCAAGAACAAUGGCAAGAACAAGCGGAGAUGA